UAUUUUCUUACUUUCGAUCUGGAACUACUAUCAUUUUGCCACGUCUGGCUCUUCGCUUUCGAAAAAGCCGGUAGAAAAUGAGCAAACGAGGUGAUACAAGUGUUGCAAAGUCACUGCAGUCUGACAAUUUGGUGACAGUGGUCAAGAAAUUUUACGAUGAGUACAUGACAUCCACUUCCAGGAAGCUGAAAAUCGUGGAUGCCUACCUCGUUUACAUUCUUCUGACCGGUGUUGUGCAGUUCGCUUACUGUGCCAUCGUUGGAACAUUUCCUUUCAAUUCAUUUCUUUCUGGUUUCAUCUCAACUGUUGGUUCCUUUGUUUUAGCUGUUUGUUUGAGGCUGCAGGUCAACCCUCAGAAUAAGACAGAUUUUGUCGGAAUCAGUCCAGAAAGAGCCUUUGCAGAUUUUAUAUUUGCACAUGUUAUACUUCAUUUAGUUGUCAUCAAUUUCCUUGGUUAGAGAGUGAAGAGGUCAUGUUUUACAGAAAAAUCCAUGUUGUUAAUGUAUCAGUGAGAGAAAGAAGUGUUGUUCAUUACUAAAUAGAUAUAAAAGUUUAAAUAAAAUAUAAACUAUA